GGACAUGUGAAAAAUACAGGUUAUGUUUGCAUUCUUUCCAUUGUUUAUUUACGUUUUUUGUGUAAUAUCACCUAGGCAAUAAAUGCUUUCAGAGAAUAUUAAAAGAAUAUAAUUAUGAGCGGAAGAGAAAUAUUGACCCUGCAAUUUGGCCAUUAUGCCAAUUUCGUUGGGACUCACUGGUGGAAUUUGCAAGAUUUAAGUUUCAACUACGAUCCAUCUACCCCAUCUGAAAUCAAUCAUGAUGUUCUGUAUCGUGAAGGGCAGACCUCUCGGGGAGAAGUUACAUUCACACCUAGACUUCUACUGGCCGAUUUAAAAGGUAGUUUCGGCUCUUUGUCCGAAGAAGGCGACUUGUACAAGCCUAACAUCGAUCCUAAUAACGUACAAACCAACUGGAACACCAGCCAGUUGCAAGUCAAGCACGUUGAACAGAGGCAGCCCAAAAACGAUUUUCUAAAGGAUUUAGAGAACCCCGCGGAAUUGAGCAAAAUUCACAAUAAAGAAUACAAUUUCGAAACAACCGCCAAGGUCUGGUCGGAUUUCUUGUAUAGCAGAUUUCACCCGAGGACUGUAGAAGUGAUUAGAGAGUACCAGCAUUGCAACGAGAAUACCCCGUUCGAUGCUUUUACAUUGGGGAGUGCCGUGUGGAAAACCCCCCAAUUCGCUGAAGAUUUCAGCGAUCGAAUUAGAAAUUAUAUAGAAGAAUGUGAUAAUUUUCAGGGUUUCCAUUUGAUCACGGAUUGCACGAACGCGUUCUCCGGAUUGUCCUCGUCCUGUUUGGAAUUCAUCGGCGACGAAUACAACAGAAAAUCAGUGCUGGUGAUUCCCGUUAUACCCUCGCAUUUCUCCGAUAACGACAUAAAUUCCGAGGGCGAAUUGGCCCAAUCUGUCUUAAACGAUUCAGUACGAGUGAUAAAUCUAGCGUUGAGUUUCAACGAAUUUUACGCGAAUUCCUCCCUGUUUGUGCCACUGUGUGCGGGCAGCAAGGGCUGGAGGCAGCCCGGCCCUAAAAGGUCGUUCAAAAAUGUGGAAUACAAUAACAAACUGGCCUAUCACUCGAGCGCAAUACUAGCUGCUGCAUUGGAUACAUUUACCCUAAAACAUCGUCUCAAAUCUUCUCCAUUUACAUUGAGCGAUCUCGCGGCGGAUUUGACGCAUUCCGGAAGAAAAGCUGCCGCUGCAAGCGUUAAUUUGCCCUUUCCCAUGGGAGAAAACAGCGAUUUAUUGGAAUCCUUGGAUAAUUGCCACGAUCCUCUUUAUUACAGCAUCACCCCCAAUUGCCAUAUCGGAACUAGACGAGCCAUGCAACACAUUACAAUUAGGGGAAUUAAAGAAGAGAGAUUGAAGAAGCCUCUGAACAAAGCGGAGAAGCAAAGAGAAUUGCCUGCUUACAGGACUAAAGACAUCAAAGAAAUGAUGACUAUGUAUUUGGCUUAUUCCACAGAGACUACAGCGAGUAUUGUUACAGUGGGGCAUGAACCUUUGGUUGUUCGAAGCCCUUUUCCGCAAAUUUUUACCAAAAAUCUAACUAGCAACGGGUUUCUUUCAAAUAUGCGUAGAUCGAAUGAAAAUAAGGUUGAAAGUAUACCACUUUUGGCUGGUUUACACUGCUGUACUGAAGUAGGAAAAAUGAUCGAAUCUCUUUAUUGCGAAGCAAAGAAGCUUAAAAUCAAUAGAUAUCAUGAAUUUGCUAGUGGUGGACUAGAUAAGGACAGUUAUGAAGAGAGUUUGGACAAUUUAUUCACCCUUAGCGAAAAUUACGAUGAUAAUUGUUUUGUAUAAAACAUAUUUAAUAGUUUUUUAUUAUGUAUACGGAAAAUCGACAAGUUUUACUGCACUCAUUCGCACAAUAUGCUACUCAUUUUAUAAUAAUGUAAACUUAUAUUAAUGACAGUUAUAUAACAAAUAAAAUUAACCGGAACAUCCCCUACAACCGCAAUGUACACAUUCGACAAUCCUUCCUUCUUCCAGCUUGGAUUUGGGUACCCUGCAAAUGCAAUUCGUUCCGAAAUUGGUGUCUCUGGCUUGGAUGCAUCUCAGGCAACAAAGGCUUUCGUAGCCCUGUUUCUUCCACUUUGCAAUUAAAUUCUUGUCGGCGAUGUUUUCCAGUAAGCAAUACUCGUACAAUUCUCGGCUAAUCGCCUUUCUUCGGUAAAAUAGGUCGAAGAUGUAUCGAGAUUUUUGAUGGUGAAUUUUGAAUAUGGGCCACAAUGAUUCGUUCUUUCGUUUUCCUUCGUGGGAUUCGGUCUCAGCUAGAAUAC